AUGGCUCCCCCACAAGCAGCAGCAGCUGCUGGCGACCAGGCAGAAGGCGGCUUUCAAUCUACACUCAAAUCUGCCCUCAACGGUAUUCUCAUAUUUGUAGCUGUCCAGAGCGCGUUCAAGUACUUCGCCCCCCAGCAAACUGCAAAGGUCAAUACCGCGCCUCCGUCUACGUUCGAUCAAGGUGGUGCGAAUACGGUCGGUCGGAAUGAUCCAAGCUACCUCUACGUCCCCGAGAAAGCUUUCUCGCUUUGGCCAACGGAUGCGCCGAUGGAUGUAUCUAUCUACGUCAAUGAACAUCUCGCAUUGCCACCCUUCACCGAUCCCAUAAUGGAAAACUCCCUCGUUUUUAACGAAAAGCAAUGGCAUCUCAAUGAUCCGCAAGAUACCCGAAGCGUCACCGUCGAUGUCCCAUUCUCCGAGCAGGUCCAAAACAAUGGCUCGCUAUUCGCGCAUAUCUUUGUCUCUCGUUCCGGCGCAGCCGCAGACCCUUACGAUGCCGCAUAUGACCCGUCAAAGGCAUUCCGAAUUGUUAAAUUGUUGACUAGAUAUGCGCCGAAAAAGAAGGUGGUCAAGACGAAGAAAUUGAUUGGUCGUGGCGAUGACGAGGAGGAAGCCGACGAAGAGCUUCCUCCCGUCCCCGAGGCUGGUCCUAGCAUUGCUAGUUACUGGCACUCCAACUUGACACUGGAUGUUGUGAGCAACGGUGGUGUUUUGAGUUAUAACACGCUUCCGCCACCAUUGAGACAGCAUGUGGUUCUUGAAGCGACUGGCGCCAGGGACGAAACUGGGAGAAAUGGAUGGUAUUAUCCGAUCUUCUACAUCAACGACUUUUGGUUGUUGAAAGAACACAUGGUUGAGAUCAACAGCACCGUCAAAUCUCUCCCAAUGCACAUCAACUUGGCCCCCACACCCUUCUGGAAAUUCCAGAUUUACUCCUCCCUCGAUGCCUCUUUCAAGCAACAAGCUUCACAGCCAGGCCUUGGUGGCGGCGCCAACACUGGUGCCGAGCUUGAGGAAUUCAAGCGAGUGCUCAUCGAGACCAACAUCUACCUUCUCGGCACCACCGCCAUCGUUUCCCUCCUCCACACCGUCUUCGAGAUGCUCGCCUUCAAGAGCGACAUCUCCCACUGGCGCAACAAAAAAGACAACGUCGGCAUCAGCGUGCGCACAAUCCUCGCCAACGUGUUUAUGCAGAUCGUCAUCUUCCUCUACCUGCUCGACAACUCCGAGGGCACCUCCUGGAUGAUCCUCUUCGGCCAAGGCAUGGGCAUCGUGCUCGAGGCGUGGAAGAUUACGCGCAUGGUCGACGUCAAGAUCCAGGCCGUCGACUCCAUCAUACCAUACCGCAUCCGCUUCGAGGACAAGCACAAACUGUCGUCGCUCGAGAAGGAGACGAAGGAGUACGACGAGGAGGCGUUCAAGUACCUCUACUGGGUCGCUGUACCGCUUCUGGCCGCUUAUGCGGCGUACUCGCUUAUGUACGAUACGCACAAGAGCUGGUACAGCUUCAUCAUCACGACGCUCGUGGGCAGUGUCUACGCAUACGGCUUCCUCAUGAUGGUGCCUAGCUUGUACAUCAACUACCGCCUCAAGAGCGUCGCACACAUGCCGCGCAAGACCAUGGUCUACAAGCUCCUCAACACGUUCAUCGACGACCUCUUCGCCUUCACCAUCAAAAUGCCGACACUGCACCGCCUCGCCACCCUCCGCGACGACGUCAUCUACUUCAUCGCGCUCUACCAGGCCUGGAUCUACCGCGUCGACUACCGCCGCGUCAACGAGUUUGGCCAGGGCGGCGACGAGAUCGUCGAGGUGGACGACAAGACGAAGGAGAAGCUCGACGAGGAGAUCCUGAAGGCUGAGACCGAGCCUGUUGCUGUGGCCUCUAGCUCGGGGGGCGCAACAGGGGCCGAGAAGGCGAAGGGCGGGAAGAAGCGGAAGUAG